GUUGUCGCCCGACCAGCCGGCCAAGAGAUUCAACUCGCGAACGGGGUUCAUGCUGAAGGGACAUGAUGUGGACAAGAUUCCGUUUGUGAAGGUCAGUGUUCCGGUAAGCACACCUGCGGCGCCUUCAGUUGAGGCUGCUCCUUCCUCGGCCUCAGGUAAUGGUGCUGGUUCUGUUCCAGAAAUGGAGAUAGACGAGGAUGAGUUGAUUGCUUUGGGUCUUGGCUCGCCGACGCAUGGGGCUGCGAGCAAUCAGGUCGCCAAGUCCAAGGCCAAGCGCAAGCGCACGCAGACCCAGAUUGCCGCUGAGGAGUUCCGGAAGUUGGAGGAGCAGAUGGAUAGCUUGAUCAAGCAGCAGCUGCCAUCCAUGCUGGAAGGCAAAACAUUCGGGCUCGAGCUGGGGAAGCUGGACAGAGCUAUCCAGAAGCGCCAGCGUGAGUGCUCGGACCAGCACAUCUUCGACCACGCAGACGGCAUGAAGAAACUUGCCAGCAACCUUGAGCUUUUGCGGGUGGCUUCCAAGGCUAGCAAGGCCUGGCUGGCUGGGUCAAGUGCUAUCAAGGCGAAGAUGAACAAGGAGUUCCUCGACGCCAUGGAGAAUUUGGAAGGCAGCUUCCCAACAGUUGCCCGGCCAGGCCAAUUGGACAUGUAA